GCCUCCACGAACACGCUCUUGCAUCUGUGUGUUGGUUAUCUGUUGACCGAGAAACGGACCUGAACAACAGCCUCCCCACUCACUAGCCUCAGCAUCUCGGGCACAUCAACAGCCGGGUCGUCCCGUGCGGCGUAGUUUAUUCAUUUAAAAGUAGUUGCUGCUGCCGAGCGGCUGUCGUGCGUGCGUCGUUUGGAACCCCUCUAGGCGAUCAUUACGUGAUGGUGCCGCUGGUGUCCACCGUGAGGUGGCUGGUGGCAGUGGGCGGGCUAUUGCUUCACGCACAGUUGUGUUUCAGCGUCGACCCGAUUGUGAUUGUGCAUGGAGGGGCCGGCACAGUGGGGAGUGACCGCGUUCCCGGGAAGCUACGCGGCGUCACGCUGGCGGCCCGGGUCGGCUACCAGGUGCUGGCCAGCAACGGCUCGGUGCUGGAUGCCGUCGUGGAAGCGGUACGCGUGAUGGAGGCCGACAGCUACUUUAACGCGGGCUACGGCUCGGUGCUGAACAUUGACGGGAACGUCGAGAUGGACGCCAGCAUUAUGGAUGGCUCGAGCCGGGCGACCGGUGCCCUGAGCGGGCUGCAGGACCUGCUGCACCCGAUUGGAUUGGCGCGCGCCAUCAUGGAGCACUCGGGGCACAACUUCCUCAUCGGCGAUGGUCUGCGAGCGUUCGCCAUCGAGCGGGGCUUCAGCUUUCUGGAGCCACCGGGUCAGCUGGUGACGCAGUACGCCCGGGACGCGCUGGACCGGUGGAAGGAGUCGGACCGGACCGAACGCCUCGGGGAAGGCGGCACGGUCGGUGCGGUGGCGAUGGAUCUGUACGGCAACCUGGCCGUCGCUACGUCAACCGGCGGCACGACCGGGAAGCGGGUUGGGCGCGUUGGCGAUACCCCGAUCGUUGGCUCCGGAUCGUUCGCCGAUAACCGUAUGGGAGGCGUUUCGGCGACCGGGGACGGUGACAUCAUCAUGAAGGUGUGCCUGGCGUACGAUGUGCUGCGAACGGCGCAGCUCACCGGGAGCCCCGUGCAGGUCGUGGCCGACGCACUGCUGGACGAUAUGAGCAGUGCACUCGGGGGCACCGCCGGGCUGGUGGGGCUGGACCCUGCCGGCAACCCGAUCGUCGCCCACAACUCCGUCCACAUGUCCUGGGCGUACCAGCGCGGCGACACCGUUGCCUACGGGGCCGACAAGGACGACUUCAACGUUGUUCCGGCGAGCGACGAGCAACAGGUCUGGCCACACUUUUAGUGCCACCCCCACGCCGUAUGCUAAUUGUUGGUUCGACAGUAAAAUAUGCGCGUAACUGUGGAAGGUCUCCUCGACGUUCAAAGGGAAUGAAUUCUCUGCUACUAAAGCACCAUCACUGCAAGCAUCGCAACUAUCAGGAUUUGGUGUUCAAUAGAAUGGUGCACAAGCCGUUCACCCAACAAAAAUUUCAUGUACACAGGAUAUUUUAUAAAUACAGAGAUUUUGUUUUUUGAAAAGUAUAAAGACAGCCAUAUCAAUCAGUAAGCCAAUUAGUCAAUUUCAUACAAAUCGGAUGACAAUGGAAAAAGUUACACGCGUUAAUCUUUGCUGAGGAUGAAAAUUUCACGGUAAGAAUGUUGGCAGAAGAGUGUUAUACAAGUAAAGACACUAUUCAGUAAAGGUUACGUAAUGAUCUGAAGAAAAGAAAAAGUUGUAUUCGUUUUGUUCCACAUGAAUUAACAGACGAGCAGCAAGACGCUUGUGUAACACGUUCGAAAAACAUGAAUA